AUGGCGAAGAUCGCGAACGCCCACCUGCGCUCCUGCAUCCAGCAAGUCCUGGAGGGCUCCGAGGAGAAGAAGCGCGAGUUUCUCGAGACGAUCGAGCUGCAGAUUGGCCUCAAGAACUACGACCCGCAAAAGGACAAGCGCUUCGCGGGCAACAUCAAGCUGCCGCACAUCCCGCGCCCCAAGAUGCGCGUCUGCGUGCUUGGCGAUGCCUUUCACUGCGAAAAGGCUGGUUCGCUCGGCCUGGAUCACAAGAAUGCGGACGGCCUCAAGAACUUCAACAAAAACAAGAAGCUCAUCAAGAAGUUUGCCAAAAAGUACCACGCGUUCCUCGCUUCCGAGUCGCUCAUCAAGCAGAUCCCGCGGCUGCUCGGCCCCGGCCUGAACAAGGCGGGCAAGUUCCCCACCCUGGUGCAGCAGCAGGAGGACCUCUCCAACAAGGUUGACGAGAUCAAGGCCACCAUCAAGUUCCAGCUCAAGAAGGUGCUCUGCCUCAACGUCGCCGUCGGCCACUGUGGGAUGUCAGAGUCGGAGAUUGUGGAUAACCUGAAGCUCUCCAUCAACUUCCUCGUCUCGCUGCUCAAGAAGAACUGGCAGAAUAUCAAGGUGCUCUACAUCAAGUCGACCAUGGGCAAGCCGGUCCGGUUGUACUAGUUAGAAGAGGUGGAGAGUUAGUGACCCACACGGUACGUAAAUAAUCGUUUGCG